CUGUCUGACAGUUGCUACGAAGAGGACGAUGGCGCAGCAGGAAAACCCGCUCGACCCAGUUAAAUUCUCUUGUUCCAUCUGUUUGGAUCUUUUAAAGGAUCCGGUGACUAUUCCCUGUGGACACAGUUACUGUAUGAAGUGUAUUAAGGACUUCUGGGAUGAAGGAGAGAAGAAACUCCCCAGCUGUCCUCAGUGUCGACGCACGUUUAUUCCGAAGCCUGAGCUGCUGAAAAACACCAUGUUAGCUGAUUCAUUGGAGGAACUGAAGAAGACUGGACUCCAAGCUGCUCCUGCUGAUCACUGCUAUGCUGGACCUGAAGAUGUGGCCUGUGAUGUCUGCUCUGGGAGAAAACUGAAAGCUGUCAAGUCCUGUUUGAUCUGUCUGGCCUCUUACUGCCAGAAACACCUCCAACCUCACCGUGAUGCGGCUCCACUAAAGAAACACCAGCUGGUGGAUCUCUGUAAGAACCUGCAGGACAACAUCUGCCCCCGUCACGGUGAGGUGAGGAAGAUGUUCUGUCGUACUGAUCAGAAGUGUAUCUGUUAUCUCUGCUCUGUGGAUGAACAUAAAGGCCACGACACAGUCUCAGCUGCAGCAGAAAGGACGGAGAGGCAGAGAGAGAUGGAGCUGAGUCGAGAACACAUCCAGCAGCAGAUCCAGGACAGAGAGAAAGAUGUGAAGCUGCUUCAGCAGGAGGUGGAGGCCAUCGAUCAGUCUGCUGAUAAAACAGUGGAGGACAGUGAGGAGAUGAUCACUGAGCUGAUCUCUCUCCUCCAGAAGAGAAGCUCUGAGGUGAAGCAGCAGAUCAGAUCCCAGCAGGAAACUGAAGUGAGGAGAGUCAGAGAGCUGGAGGAGAAGCUGCAGCAGGAGAUCACUGACCUGAAGAGGAGAGACGCUGAGAUGAAGCAGCUCUCCGAAACUGGGGACCACAACCAGUUCCUCCACAGCUGCCCCUCACUGUCACCACUCAGUCAGUCCACACACUCCUCCGGCAUCAACAUCCGUCCUCUCAGGUACUUUCAGGACGUGGCAGCAGCCGUGUCAGAGGUCAGAGGUCGACUACAGGACAUCCUGAGAGACACGUGGACAAACGUCUCACUGGCCGUCGCUGACGUGGAUGUUUUACUGUUACGACCAGAACCAGAACCAGGACCAGAACCAGGACCAGAACCAGGACCAGAACCAGAACCAGGACCAGAACCAGAACCAGAACCAGAACCAGAACCAACGAGCAGAGCUGGAUUCUUGAAAUAUUCAUGUGAAAUCACUCUGGAUCCAAACACAGUAAACAGAGAUCUGUUACUGUCAGAGCAGAACAGAGAGGUGACAGUUAUGGACCAACCUCAGUCUUAUUCUGAUCAUCCAGACAGAUUCAGUGAUGAUUAUUAUCGUCAGGUUCUGAGUAGAGAGAGUCUGACUGGACGUCAUUACUGGGAGGUGGAGACAGCAGGUGGAGUUUAUGUAGCAGUUUCAUACAAGAAUAUCAGCAGAUCAGGGUGGGAAAGUGCAUUUGGAUGGAAUGAUAAAUCUUGGUCUCUAGAGUGUUACUCAGGCAGUUAUGUGUUCUGGUACAACAGCAUCAACACCUCCGUCUCAGGUCCUGCUUCCUCCAGAAUAGGAGUUUACCUGGAUCACAGAGCAGGAGUUCUGUCCUUCUACAGCGUCUCUGGAACCACGACCCUCCUCCACAGAGUCCAGACCUCCUUCACUCGGCCGCUCCACGCUGGAGUCGGGAUUAACUCCGGUUCUGGAAAAUCAGCUGAGUUCUGUAAACUCAAAUAAGAUAAACAAGUUUCCUCUUCAUUUUUGACGUUUUUGUUCUAUAAGAUUGAUUGUUGUUAUUUCCUCUUUUGGAGGUGGAAGUUGUUCUCUUGCAGUUUCACCUGGGAAUUAUUAAUAAUAUUAAUAUAAAAACAUAGAAAUAAGCCUGUGUUGUAAUUGUUAACUGUUAGUUUUUAGAUUUGAUUUGUGUUUUUUAUGUUGUAUUUCUCUUUUCUUCCACUUCUUUAAUAUUAUUUGUUCUUUUAUAUUGGACCAAUCACCACCACAAAUUCCUUGUGUGUCUUAAACCAGUGAUUCUUAACCAUAGGGCCGCGGCCCACACUUGGGCCGCGAGCGCCACCUAGUGGGCCGCAAAAAAAAAUCAGUUUUGUACGUGUGGGCCGCGGGGGCAGCGGGACUGCAUAGCAACUCCCAACCAAAUGAGGAGAAGACACUCAGCUAGCUGUACGUGUAAUAGUAAGAGAAAUGGUGUGUAUUUACAGAGUAAAUCAUUCAUUUUGCACAGAGUACGUUUAGAUUCGCCAGGAUCAGGGAUCGAUUACUUGGGUCUGCGUCCAGAGCGAGCGAGCGCGGUCUGAUCAUUUAUCCCGACGCGUCCCCGCGGCCGGGGAGGUCGGUGCCGCUCGGGCGGCUCCAUCGUUACUGCUGAAGGAUUGUACAUGUAGAUGCGCGGGCUGUCGUGUCUGCCGGACUGGACUGUUGGUCGGGAUUUCUCAAAAGCAUCGGAAAGACUCGGCUGCUCCGCAGCCAGAGAGCUGCGGGCUCCUGCCCGUCUCAGCUGAUCAGGCUCGGAUGAAACCUGACGCGCUGAGUCCUCUGACAACUGAUUAAUGUAAUGUCUUAAAUAAAGUACAAUCAAACUAAGUUUUGUUCCCGCUCUAUUUUUAAAUAUGCACACUUGUAUGCUUGUGUGUGUGUUCAGGCGGCGCUCCGCGUGUGUUGACGGAGCCUUUCCACACGGCGCGCUGUGUGUGUGUUUUUAAAUACAGAAAUGACACAAAACUGAGGGUGCGCCUUUCCACACGGCGCCGAAUGGUCGUCAAAAUACGGUAAUUAGCUUGGCUAUAUACAGAGAUGAGAAGCUUAACAGGUGGAAAGGAAAGUUCAACCCAGAAUGGACAGAUUCAUCCUGGUUCAAUCUUCCCACUGGGACAAAACCAGUGUCUCAUACGUUCAGAGACCGUGGCGUUCAAAGUGCGAAAGUGAAACGCCAACACAAAGUUGUUCAUCAAACAUAUGCACUCAAGUCUGAACUGAAGUCACAGAAAAUAAACUGACCAUCUUAAAACAUCCAUAUUUGGGUCCACAUACAGCUGUGAAGCAGCUGUGAAGGGGCGGGGGGUCCGGGUCGUGGGGGGCAUUGUCCCGCGUGGCCCGACACUCCCCACCUCACGGUUUUAACAGCAAUAUAGACACUGCACAUUCAACACUUAAUAAAUACAUUUGACAAGGACACUUAGUUCUGGAGGGGGGGGUCAUUGUCAUUAUGAUACCUAGUCCUCCCCCUCCCUGUUUUUAUGGCAUUAAUCACACGCACUCAACACCAGGGUUGGGAGGGGGUCCCACAUCACCCGCGCUCCCUCGCCGGCCUGGGAUAGGUGGGUCGGGAUACCCGGGCCUGGCGGGGCUCGCCGUGCAGCCUGGGGUGCCUUCUGGCGGUGCUGGACCCCCCCGGGGAGGGGGAAACGGUGCGUGAUUGUGUGUCUGUGUCGGUGAGAAUGCGGUAUGGAAGGGUCCUGCCAUGGAGGAUUUGAGCCUCCAUUGGCAGGACAACAAAACUUAAUAAUUUAUCAAUAUUAUAUUAUACAAAGAUGGUUAUUAAUAUCAUGAUUAUAUUAUUAUCAUUUUUUAUUAUCAUUAUUGUGUUUAGUAUAUUAUAUUAUUAUUAGUAUAGAUAUCGGAUAGGUAAAUGGAUGAAUGAAUGGGAUGCCUGGGUCUGGGGCCCUCCGUUGUCGGUUCUGCACGUGUGUCGCCUUGUUGGGGGGUUCCCUGUCUCCGGGCCCCUCUCCGGUCCCCCCCGCUGCCUCUGCGGCGGGGCGCCCCUCUGGUCUUGGAGGGCCACUUUCGUGGGGGCGGGUGCACCUGCCCGCGUCGGCGGCCGGGGCGGCUCUGUCUCUCCGGGCAGGCUGGUCCCCUGCCGGGUGGGGGUUGUUUGCCUGGAGGGUGAGGGCCUCCUGGCCACGUGUCCGGCCCGGACCGGGUGGCCGGGGAUUGCCUGGGUCGCAGUCUGCCGCCGCGGGAUCCCUGGCUGCUUCUUCCCGUGUCGUGGGGGGCCCGGGGGGGGCUCACUGGCGGUGGGUUGCUUC